AUGAGAUUCGGCCAGCAGCUGCGCACCUCCUUGAUCAAGGACUGGUACUACUACUACAUUUCCUACGACGACCUCAAGGAGAGCCUCAAGAAAGCCAGCGAUGGCUCCACCGUCGCCAAGACCGGCGAGCGACACGUCGAGUGGACCGAGAAGGACGAGCAGCGCUUCGUGCACGAGCUGGAGCAGGAGCUCGACAAGGUCCACACCUUCCAGCAGGUCAAGAGCGGCGAGAUUGUGCGCCGCAUCAAGGUGUCGGAGAAGGAGGUCAACGACGUGAUCCAGCGCGCAGAGCAGGCCAACAAUGGCAACCAGAACGUCGAUGCCCCCUCCGAGGACGACUUCGAGGCCCUCGAGGAGGAUCUGAGCGACAUCAUAGCCGACGUCCACGACCUGGCCAAGUUCACCCAGCUGAACUACACCGGCUUCCAGAAGAUCAUCAAGAAGCAUGAUAAACUUACUUCAUGGCACCUCAAGCCCGUGUUCGCCGCCCGCCUGCGCGCCAAACCAUUUUUCAAAGACAAUUAUGACAACUUCAUCGUCAAGCUCUCCAAGCUCUACGAUCUCGUCCGCACUCGCGGAAGCCCGAUUAAAGGUGACGCCGCUGCCGGCGGAUCCCAGCAGAACUUCGUCCGUCAGACAACGAAAUACUGGGUGCACCAGGACAACAUCACGGAGCUGAAACUCAUCAUCCUGAAGCAUUUGCCGGUUUUGGUCUUCAAUGCCAGCAAGGAGUUUGAGCCCAAGGACUCGGCUAUUUCCUCCAUCUACUACGACAACACGGAUACCUGGGAGCUUUACACCGGCCGUCUGAAGAAGACCGAGGGCGCCGAGGCCAUUCGUCUCCGUUGGUAUGGCGGCAUGGAAACGGAUACCAUUUUCGUCGAGAGAAAAACCCAUCGCGAGGAUUGGACUGGUGAAAAGUCCGUGAAGGCGCGUUUCGCUUUGAAGGAGAAGAAUGUCAACGCUUUCCUGGCCGGAAAGAUGACUGUCGAGCAGGUCUUUGAAAAGAUGCGCAAGGAGGGAAAGAAGAGUGAGAAGGAGAUUGCCGACCUGGAGCAGCUGGCACGGGAGAUUCAGUACCGCACCAUUACCCGCAAGCUGGUCCCCGUCACUAGAUCUUUCUACAACCGGACAGCAUUCCAGCUUCCCGGGGAUGCUCGCGUACGCAUUUCUCUGGAUACCGAGCUGACCAUGACCCGUGAGGACAACCUUGACGGUCGGAACCGUACGGGCAAGAACUGGCGCAGAAUGGACAUUGGAAUCGACUAUCCUUUCUCGCAGCUACCGCCUGAAGAUGUGGAACGCUUCCCCUAUGCGGUCCUGGAGGUCAAGCUGCAAACGCAAAUGGGUCAAGAGCCGCCGCAGUGGAUUCGAGAACUCACUUCAAGCCACUUGGUCGAGGCUGUCCCCAAGUUCUCCAAGUUCAUUCACGGAACUGCGAAACUACAGCCGCAACGUAUCCACCUGCUGCCUUUUUGGAUGCCACAGAUGGACGUCGACAUCCGUAAGCCUAUCAGCCAUCGCUUUGGAAUCGAGCGUCCUGGACAGAGUGCGGACAUCUCAACCAGCGGUGGUGGCUACGAUGAUGAGAGCGAUGAGGAGGACGACCUUGGCUUGCCCGAAGGUACACCAGAAGACGACGAAGCUUUCCGCCGGUUGCGUGCAGCGCGCGAUGCCAUGGAGCAGCACGACCUGGAUCAGCGGCGCGAUUACGGAAGCGCCGCCAAUGGGAACCAGAACGGGGCCACAGGCAACCAGCUUGACAUCGAGGAGCGCGUCGCCGCACGCCCCCGUCCAGAAGACGACUAUCCACUGUACGACUCCGAGGACGAGGACGGCGAUGAUCUCGAGGAGGCUCGCCGCGUCGGCGGCUGGCAUUACCGCCGCAAGCAGCUCGAACACGCCGUCUCCACGGCUGGCGAGAGGAUCCUGUCCGUCCUGCAGCGCGCCAAACCCGUCCCGCGCAGCACGCCGAUGCCCGAGGUCGGAGCCAGCCUGGGUAUACCGAAGGCCACCGGUGAGGUGAAGCGGUUCAAGGCGCCCAAGGGCAAGAGGAUCCACGUGCCCGUCCGCGUGGAGCCGAAGGUGUUCUUCGCCGCUGAACGCACGUUCUUGAGUUGGCUUGAGUUCUCCAUCAUCCUGGGCAGUAUCGCGGCUACGCUGCUCAAUUUCGGUGACGGCAUCGCUCUCGCCUCCGCCUGGGCCUUCACCAUCAUCGCUUGCUUCUCGCUCUUCUAUUCCAUGGGCUUGUACCUGUGGCGCGUCGACAAGAUCCGCAACCGUCGCGCCGUGCGCUACCACGACAAAUACGGUCCCACGGCGCUGUGUCUAGGCUUGCUGGUAGCGGUGAUCAUCAGCUUCGGCUUUAGAAUCGCCAACCCGGCCGGGUGGAAUGGCGGCUUGAAGGAUGGGGGGAUGAAGGGGCAUGCUUGA